CGAGAGCCUGGCUGAAUUGGGAACGGCGAAGGCCCGGAUUGCGUCACUAGUCGCGAGCGCCGACUGCACCUGCGGGAAGCUGGCGCGGCCGCUGGCCUUGGAAAACCGGUGGAUGGUGCGUUUGGCUCCUGCUUGUGGUCAUCCAUGAGGCAAGACAGACUAACGAGUUCCCUGAGGCGAGGGGGAAGGUGUUUAAAACGGCAGAGCACCGGCGGCGGCGGCGGCGGCGUGAGCACCAUCCUGAGCAACGUCUUGAAGAAAAGGAGCUGCAUAUCCCGAACUGCGCCUCGCCUUCUGUGCACCUUGGAGCCGGGGGUGGACACAAAGUUGAAGUUUACACUUGAGCCAUCAUUAGGUCAGAAUGGUUUUCAACAGUGGCAUGAUGCUCUCAAAGCAGUGGCUAGGCUGUCAACAGGAAUUCCAAAAGAGUGGAGAAGAAAGGUUUGGCUCACCCUGGCAGAUCACUAUUUAAAGAGUAUAGCAAUUGACUGGGAUAAAACGAUGCGUUUCACUUUCAAUGACCGAAGUAAUCCUGAUGAUGAUUCCAUGGGUAUUCAGAUUGUAAAGGAUCUUCAUCGAACUGGGUGCAGUUCUUAUUGUGGCCAAGAGGCAGAACAAGACAGAGUGGUAUUGAAAAGAGUGUUAUUGGCUUAUGCCAGGUGGAACAAAUCUGUAGGUUAUUGUCAAGGUUUUAACAUCCUUGCUGCUCUCAUCCUGGAAGUAAUGGAGGGCAAUGAGGGAGAUGCUUUAAAAAUAAUGAUUUACUUAAUUGAUAAAGUGCUACCUGAUAGCUACUUUGUCAAUAAUCUUAAAGCACUGUCUGUUGACAUGGCAGUGUUCCGAGACCUUCUAAGAAUGAAACUUCCUGAGUUGUCCCAGCAUCUGGAUACUCUCCAAAGAGCUGCCAACAAGGAAAGUGGAGGUGGGUAUGAACCCCCACUUACAAAUGUCUUCACUAUGCAGUGGUUCCUGACCCUGUUUGCUACCUGCCUUCCUAACCAUACAGUUUUAAAAAUUUGGGAUUCUGUAUUCUUUGAGGGGUCAGAAAUUAUACUGAGAGUAGCAUUGGCUAUUUGGGCAAAACUAGAAGAGCAGAUAAAUUCUUGUGAAACUGCAGAUGACUUCUAUGGCACCAUGGGAAAAUUAACACAGGAGAUGCUGGAAGAUAAACUCAUUGAUAGCAAUGAACUCAUGCAG